AUGCCUAAGAGAAAGAAAGUGUCAGCCAGAAGGCAACGGGAAGCAGACAAACUAAGAAAAAGAAAUGAGAGGGAAAAACUGAAAGAUACACCAGAUGGUACACAAGCCUUAGAGACAAAGUUUGUUGAUCCUUGCGGGACAGCAGAUGGAGCUGAGCUAGCUCCUCCCGGUAAUUUUCCGGGGCGAGGCUCCAUGGGGUUGCCGCCUUUUGAGGAAAAACCCCUGGCCAGGGUGCAGGCCUCACUUCGAGUGAAAAUGCAUCCACCUGCCCCGAGGUUGCCAUCUCCUCGGGGAAGUCGUCUGUUUGUCCAUGACGAGGGCAAGGCACCGUCCACUGACUCCCCACCGUGGGUUUGUGCUCCACCGAGGGCACCUGGAUCGGACAUAGUGCAUAUGUCUGGUCCAGCAGGACAGGCGCAGCUGGAUACCUCCAGGAUGGAGGAGACCAGUAGAUUAUCAAAAGAUGAGGGCUUUUUGAAGGAAAUUAAAAAGGAAUCUGAAAGUAAUACUUAUGGAAUAUUGAACAGAGAAUAUGAUAUAUCGGAAAAUAUAGAAAGAGAUACAGAAAAAAUGAGUAUAAUUGAGAAUUUAAUAGAAACAAAUGAUAAUGAGAAGGUGGAAAAUAUUAUGGGGAGUGGAAAUGAAUCUUUUAUGAAUGAAAAUACGAAAGAAACCUUAAAAAAAGAGACAAUGGGAAAUGUGAUUGAGGAAAGAUUUGAUAAAGAAAAAAGCAAAGAAGAGUUUGUUGUGUAUGGUCUAGAGAGGGGGAGUACUAUGUCCAGUUUACAUGAUAGAGGUGUUGAAGGGAAUACAUUUCAGACAACUCAACCCACUCCAUAUUCAGUUUCUGUACAGGGUUCUUUUCACCAAGGUGAUCCAUUGUUUGGGGAAAGUGCAGGAACACAGUGUGUUGCGAAUUGUUUGGCAGGGUUAGCAUAUGAUAUCUUGAAGAGUGCCAAUAUUUGGCAAACGGCUGACAUGAAUAAAAUUCUAGUGACUGGAGAUGAACUCAAAACAUUUGAGUUUAAAGUUAAACUUUCUGUGUCUAGCUUAAUAAGCUUAUCAGAUGAAGAGCCAUGUUAUGAGGACUUCAAUGCUUUUCCCCUUACUGAAGCUCUUCAAAAGGUGCUAGAGGGAACUCGUGGAUGUUUUGUAUGUUUUGGAGGAAACACACUCUUAGUUGGGAGAACCAAUGAAGGAUUUUAUACAUUUGAUUCACAUUCACGGUGUUGUAGUGGAUAUAUGAAUGUAAAUGGAAAGAGUACAAGAAUUUUGUUGAGGACUGUACAUGAUGUUUAUUUGCAUCUGGUCUCUUUAGCUCUAUCCAUGGGCUUUACAAGGACUGUUGAAUGUGAAUUAACUGGGGCAUUGUGUUUACUAAAGCAGUUUGGUUUUGCUCCAGUAAAAGAAGAUGAGGAUGUGUUUUUGUAUUCUGACACAGGAAUUGGUUCAGCACCAGGAAAUAACUUCUCAGGAGAUAAGUGUUUUCAUUCAGACAUGUGCAUAGGUUCAGCAGAAGGAAAUAAAAUCUCAGAAAACGAAGAGAAUAUUCUCGAAAGUGAGAUAAAAUUUCUGAGCAAGGAAAGCAAAAGGCAAGAUUUUUUCCCUUUGAGUGUCAAAAAACAAGAGGAAUUAUGCAGACUUUUAGAUCUGCCGUAUUCUCAUUCAAGUAGGGAAUGUUAUGCAGAGUCUUUGAUCGAUAUGGGUGCACCUACUCAAUUUAGAGAUAUUGUGAGAGAUGGCAAUUGCUUUUUUAGGGCCAUAUCAUUUUGUCUGACAAAUUCUGAAGAUCACCAUCAGGCAAUUAGAGCUGCUGUAUGUCAACACUUGGUUCAGAAUGAAAGUUGGUUUGAAAAGUGUUUGAGGUGUAAUGGAGAAUCAGUAAGAGCCUAUUUACUUUCAAGUAAAAUGUGUGAAGUAGGCAUAUGGGCUACAGAAUUGGAGAUAUUAGCAGUGUCAGACAUGUUGAAUGUAGAUAUAUUUACUUUCUCAGACAUGAAAUGGCUUCAGUUUAAAGGACAAAAGCAAAAUCUAGGACCAAACAAACAAAAUGAAGCAAUUUACGUAUAUCAUAACCAACAGAACCAUUACGAUGUUGUGUUAAAUGUUUCAGCAAGGAUAUCUGACAAUCAGUGUCAGUCUCAAAGUACGAGUAAGUCAUAUGUGAGAGAGUACAAUCUGCGCAGAGUAAAUCGCAUGAGAAUGCGAAAGAAACGAGGCAACAUAAACUUAAAAAUGUACUCAAAAGCAAAUGAAAAUCGCAAGAAUGCAUUGAGGAAGAAGUACCAUGAAAACAAAGUGUUCAGAAAAGAAAUGUUAAAGAACAAAAAGAAACUCUAUUCAAAUGCAGAUUUCAGGUCGAAAACACUUGCAAGCAGUAGAAGAAGGUAUCAAGAAGAUGAGGAGUACAAAUCUAAAUUGAGACGUCAAAGUAUUCGCAAAUAUGCCACAAACUUGAAUCAUAAGCAAGAUGUAAAGAAACGGAGUGUAUUGAAAUAUGAGAUGGAUGCUAAACAUAGAGAACAUGUUAGGAAACAGAGUAUUGAAAAGUACAAGUCAGAUAUUGGACACAAAGAGAAUGUCAAACACAGAAGUUGUGAAAAGUACUCUACACAUAUGGAACAUAGAGGAAAUGUUAAACGAAGAGCAUUGGACAAGUAUAAAAAUGAUGAAAAGUAUCGAGAAAGGAACAAAGCUGCUAAUGUUCAAAGGUACAAAACAAAUGUGAAGUUUAAAGAAAAGCAGAGAGAGAAUGCUACAAGAAGAUACAAAACUGAUAGUAAUGUUCAAUCAGCAAUGAAGAGCCAAAGUAAAGUUAAAUAUCAGUCAUCGUCGCAAUUAAAACAAAAGAAAAAAGAGAGAGUGAAGAGGCAACGAAAGAUGAAAAAGAUGAAUUUACAAGAAGAACAAGUUGUUACAACGUUCAAAGGAAAUGCAGGGAAAGGUCCAGAAAAAAUUUUGAGUGGAAAAAUACCAUCUGAGGCUGCUGCAAACAACUUGUCACUGGAAGACAUUCCACCGGAGUUGAACAAUAUAAACAGCUUAGAACAGCACCUUAUUGCACUUCACAUACCUUUUAUGAAGGUUAUGGCUCUUCCUCAUGGGGGACAAAGGAAUAUACACGGACCCAUUGUUUGUGUGCCCUCAGAUGUAACAAAAGCUACCAGUUUACCUCUGCAGCAAGAUAAGAACUUACUGUUACGAGUUAAAUUAAAAAGGAAGUUGAAUUUCAAAGGUUACUUUGAAUAUCAAUUUGUGAAUGCAGAAAAUGUCUUGGCAGCCUUGGCAUAUUUGAAAAAAAAUAACCAGUGGUAUGAAGAUGUGACGAUUGAAACAAAUUUCGAGGAAAAUGAAAAUUAUGAAGAGAACAAUGAAGAAAAGACAGAGAACACAAAUAACAGUGAAGAAAAUGAUGAGCAAAUGAUUGCAUUCGAUACAUGUUUACAGCCUGUUGAUGUUGCACAGGAAGUUUUAGAUCAUUAUUUUGAUGAUGUGUACAACAUUGCGCCUGGUGAAGGGAAAAAUCCAGUUCGAAUGUUACAAGAACCAGGAAAUGAGGCUAAAACAUUUCCAUGCCAUUUUCCAAGUGGGAGGUUUUCCUGGAAUGAAGAAAGGUCAGAAAAAAUAACACUUUCUAGGUAUUUCAACAAUAGAUUAAUGAAUGCCGACAACAGAUUUGCAAAGGAUACGUGUUACAUUUUCUUCAGUCAGUAUAUGUCUGAAUUAAACCAGGUGAUAGAGAAAACUCAAAUUUCCCUCAGAAAGUCAGUAUCUAAGAUUUCUAGUGGUAAAUCAGUGACAGCAAAUAUGCUGCAAGAUCCAUCUGCUCUUUCUUGUUUGCUCAGAAAUGAUGAUGCAAUAAGGUUUAUGCAGCCUAUUAGGGGAACACCAGCAUACUGGUCUGCUGCUCAGAAAGAUCUGUUUGCUAUGCUUCGGCAGUUAGGAAUACCAACUUGGUUUUGCUCUUUUUCUGCCGCUGAAUACAGAUGGAAUGACGCUGUAAGGGUUAUAUUGCAUCAUUUAAAUGAUGAUAGGAAUCCUGAAGAAAUGGACUGGUCAGAAAAGAAUGAAGUUUUAAGAUGCAAUCCAGUUACAGUAGCAAGGAUGUUCGAACAUAGAUUUCACACAUUUCAUAGAGAGGUAAUACUUUCUUCAGCGGAACCGAUUGGAAAAGUUGUAGACUAUUUUCAAAGAGUUGAGUUUCAACAGAGGGGUUCCCCACAUAUGCAUUGCUUGUACUGGAUCGAAAACGCACCUAAUAUCGAUUCUGAUGGGGAAGGAGCUGUAUGUAAUUUUAUAGACAGAUACGUAACAUGUGCUUUACCUUCAGAAAUCGAUGAUUCUGAUCUGAGAAAAACAGUUUCCGAAGUUCAGCAACACAGCAAGAAACAUUCAAAAACUUGCAAAAAGAAGGGUACAGAAUGUAGGUUCAAUUUUCCCAGACCUCCAUCUCAAAGGACCUUUAUUACAAGCCUUCAGGAUAAUGAAAAUGUAGGGCAUUGUGAAACAGAAGAUGAACAUAGUAAGAUAAAUAAGGCUUAUGCAAAAAAGAUACUGCUUAGUGUAUGGGACAAAGUGCAAACAGAAGGUGAAGAAAACUCCACAACAGAAGAAAUAUUUGAAGACCUUUCACUAACUCAGGAACUGUAUGAAGAAGCCCAAAACAUUUUAUCAACAAGGAGAUCAGUUAUUCUAGAGCGCAAUCCAAAUGAAAUGUGGACAAACCAAUAUAACCGUUGUCUCCUAAAAUGCUGGGAUGCUAACAUGGAUAUACAGUUUGUUCUAGAUCCGUUCAGCUGCAUUGUAUAUAUUGUUUCAUAUAUUUCCAAGGCAGAAAGGGAGAUGGGAAUGCUACUUAAACAAACAAAGUUAGAGGCAGAGGAGGGGAAUUUUGAUGCUCGACAGACAAUGAAAAAAAUAGGGUCUGCUUAUUUACAUCACAGAGAAGUUAGUGCCCAGGAAGCUGUAUAUAGAGUGUGCAACUUAAAGAUGAAAGAGUGUUCACGAAAAGUUGCUUUUGUCCCUGUAGGUGACAAUCCUGUACGGUUAUCUAAGCCAUUGUCUCAGCUGAAAAAGAAAACUAAAAAGGACGUUGAAAUAAUUGAUGAUAUCGAUGACGACGAAGAUGACAUUUGGAUGACAAAUAUUUUAGAGCGUUAUGAAAAUCGUCCAGAUAAGUCAGAGUUUCAUGCCAUGUGCCUUGCAGAGUUUUGCUCUGAAUUCAGGGUUCUUGCUAAAUCUCAGGUACCAAAGAAUUGGAACAACAAUGUUUUUAAACUACAGAACGAGAAAGGUUAUGUUCAGCGGAGAACAAGAACGAAAGCUGCGGUUAUAAGGUAUCCAAGAUUUAAUGCUGAAAAAACACCCGAAAAGUAUUAUCAAUCUCUUCUGCAACUUUUUCUUCCAUACUGGACAGAGAUGCAGCUAAAACCACCAGGGUUUGACUUGUUUAAGGAUUUCUACGAAACAGGUCAUGUGAAAAUAGUAGGGAAAAAAUCCUUACAAUCAGUGAAGUCGAUUGUGGACACUAAUCAUUCUUGUUUUGGAAAAAAUGAAGAUGUCAUUGACAGAGCUCAAGAGGCCUACGAAAUGUAUGGUGAACCAGAGGAUGCAUGGUCACGUUUAUGUCCAGAAACUGAGGUGUUGAGAGGAGAAGGAUUAGCAAAGAGAAAAGAAAACCCAGUACCACAGGAGGAAGAUGUUGACCGUAUACCUGAAAUGGAAUCGGACACACAUAAUGCAGAUGUGCUGUAUCAAGUUCAACAAAGUGUUUCCUCCACGGAUGAGGCUAUUUCUGUACUCCGAAAUCUGAAUGAAAUGCAACGUAAAAUAUUUUACUUUGUGCGUGACUGGUGUUCAGCAAAAGUUAUAGGAGAAAAUUGUGAACCUUUCCAUUUGUUUGUUACGGGUGGAGCAGGAACAGGUAAAAGCCAUCUGAUUAAGGCAAUUCAUUAUGAAUCGUCCCGGUUGCUUUCUAAAUUGAUGUCUGAACCACAAAGGGUGCCAGUACUUCUUUCAGCAUUCACAGGAACUGCUGCUUUCAACAUUGGCGGAAAUACACUUCAUCACUUAUUUGCGUUAACAAAAUUUCUCCCUGAACCACUAAGAGAACAGAGUCUUAGUGAAAUGAGAGCAAAAAUUGGGGACCUUCAAAUUCUGGUGAUUGAUGAAAUAUCAAUGGUCUACAAAAGGUUGCUGUAUUAC